UGUACAAUUGGUAACCCUGGAAAAGUGAAGUAAGAACGGAGUGAGUGGUAUUCGGGGUGCGAACUGUAUUGAUUUUCUCGUGAUAGUUUGUACACUGGUCGCCCGUGGAUUCUACACCGAAAAUGAGUAACCGACCUUCAGAAAGUAGCCGUCAGCACGGCUUGACACGAUCCUCGUCGACUUCGUCUUCUACUUCAUCCUCCUCCUCAUCAUCACCGCACCGACAUCGGCGCAGCCAUCAUUCUUCUCGUCAUCGAUCCAACCAUUCAAAGUCCCGUUCUAGUUCUGGUUCACGAUCGUCUAGCGGCAGUACACGAUCACGUUCUAGAAGUCGAUCACGAUCCAGAUCGCAUGAGCGUCGUCAUCACAAACGGCGAUACAGUCGAGAGGAGGAUGAAUCAAAUGAACGGAGAGCAGCAGCGGCAGCAGAAAGCACUGGAAACGCCUCGCCAUCCGAUCACCAUCAUAUCGAUGAUAGUAUUAGGAGCGACAAAUCUAGUAAGCUGACAACAAAUGGUGGUCAUGGUGACACAUCUACAGUCGUCUCAUCACAACGAACCGACAGUUCAGGGGAGAGGAAGACAGCGGUGGGAAUUCAACUUCAACCUAAACCUCCUGCAUCAUCCAGACUGUCGGGUAUCCAAUUCGGAAAACCUGGGACUGUAGUGAGGCCGGGCAUUCACAUGAAACUAGCCCAACCCAAACCGCCAUCCGAACAAACUAAAAAGAUAACAGUCGCGAGUGCAUUCAACAACGAUAGCGACGAAGAAGUAGAGGAGAUGCCGCCUGAAUGCAAGAUGCGCAUGCGCAAUAUAGGUCGUGAUACGCCCACUUCAUCAGGUCCGAAUUCCUUCGGCAAAACAAAGCAAGGCUUCAUCGACUCGAAGAAGUUGUUUGAAAAGAGCUUGCGUGAAGCCGCUAUGGAUUGAGUCGAAAAUUCGUGAAGUUUAAGUGUCCAACUGGCAAUUCUAUGUACAUGAAAACACGAAAUUAAUUUUGAUUUUCUCUUGGCAAUAACUUGCUCAUUUUUCGGCUAAACCUAGAAAGCAUUUCCGGAUGAUGGUGAUGAAUAUCCAAAGCGGGGCGAGCAUGUAGCGAGAACCAUGGAUAAGUUGAAUACAUCAAAGUUUAUAGUUUUAUUCAGAAGUUACGCGGGCUCGUCAUAUUUAAAUGCAUUAGAUUAUUGUAAGAAUUUAUUGAACAAAUACACAAACAUUAUGAUGCUAAAAAUUUA